AUGGCCGAGUCUACAUCGGUUGACGCGCACACGCACACCGGUCGUGGCGACCAUCAUUCACCGCGGCCACGCAAACCCACGCGCAUCGACUUUCUCAAGCCCCACCUCAACGAUGAAUCUGUGAAGCAACACCCAGAGGCGGCGUCAGGGGUGUCGAGUGGUAGAACAACUCCCAUCCCCGCUGAUGCCCCUCCCUCCGUCCAAGCCGCGUCCUCUGCGCGCCGCCAGAUUCGAGCCCAGCAGAAGCGGCGCAUGUUCCCCACCAUCGACUAUGUGAACCGCGUCUCCCACUUCGACCCAGCGAGCGACUACCAUGACUUCCGCGGCUUCUUCGUGCUCUUUUGGAUUGGCCUGGCCAUCAUGGUCAUUACCUCCAUGCUGCGCACUGUGAAAGAGACCGGCUACCCUUUCCAGAUCAGGCAGUGGAAUCUCUUCAAAGAGAAGAUUUGGGAGCUGGGACUCGUGGACGGUGCAAUGGUAGGAAGCACUGCGCUGGCUCUUCCACUCCAGAAGCUGUUCCUCAACGGCAAGGGACCACUGCGCUGGAGCCAGCUUGGAAUGGCUAUUCAGAGCAUAUACCAAGCUGUCUGGCUCUCCUUCUGGUGCACGUAUCCCUUCAUCCGCGACUGGAGUUGGACCGCCCAGGUCUUCUUCACUCUACACCUGCUCGCAAUCUUCAUGAAGAUGCACUCUUACGCCUUCUACAACGGCCACUUGAGCGAGGCGUUGCGCCGUCUCAACGACCUCGACAAUCCCGAAAAGGCCAACAAGGCACCAGCAGUCCGAUACCCAAAACCCCGCACCCACCUACACGAGAUCCCGCAAUCGCCUAGUCAAAGUGAACCUGAUGCUGCGAACCAGGAGUCUCUGCGCCAGCUUCGUGAAGAUCUUGCCUUCGAACUCUCGUCCCCUCUUGGCCGUGUUUCUUACCCGGAGAACCUCAAUCUUCACAACUGGGUCGACUUCAUCUUCUGCCCAACGCUUUGUUACGAGCUCGAAUACCCUCGCGUGGCCUAUAUCCGCCCACUGGAGGUGUUCUACAAGGCCCUGGCCGUAUUUGGAUGCAUCUUCCUGAUGGUCAUAACGACAGAAGAGUUCAUCCUGCCUGUCCUGGACGAAUCAGCAGUCGCCCUGCACCACUCGAAGGGCGCCCUGGACUUCAGCUUAAUCCUCGCCGAGACCAUCGGCCGCCUUCUCUUCCCGUUCAUGAUCACAUUCUUACUGACCUUCCUCGUCAUCUUCGAGUAUAUUUUGGGUGCCUUUGCCGAGAUUACACGCUUCGCAGACCGCCAAUUCUACGCCGACUGGUGGAACUCCUGCGACUGGCUCGAAUUCUCCCGUGAAUGGAACAUCCCCGUGCACCACUUCUUCCGGCGCCACGUCUACAGCGCAUCCAAGAACCACCUCUCGCGGCCUCUCGCCACGCUCAUCACGUUCCUUAUCUCCGCACUCGCGCACGAAUUAGUGAUGGGCUGCAUUACGAGGAAAUUCAGAGGCUACGGCUUUUUCGCCAUGAUGCUCCAAAUGCCCAUCGUCAUGGUGCAGAGGAGCAAAUGGGUCCGAGGCCGGACAUUGCUGAAUAACGUGCUGUUUUGGUGCAGUAUGGUUCUUGGGUUGAGCAUGGUAUGUUGGACAAUUUUGCCCUUCAUGAUGGUAGCUAAUCAGCAACAGAUGUGCGCGCUGUACGUGCUUGUAUAGGAGAGUUGCACUCUUCGAUAGACAGGAUCGAAGCAUACAGGUUGCUCCCUUUUUCAGUAUUUCUAGAUGGCUUGCGAGAUACCCUUCUCUUUAGUCUCAUGUGUUCGGCGUUGCUUCGUAGAUUGAAUGCAUCGCCACUUCACUCCACCAAUCCUUGCUGCCUUCCAUGACUGAGCUCAAACUUCAUGAGACAGUUUUUGUCUGAGACCAAGAUGGACAAAUCGUGCCAGACGACGUGCAGAGGAUGGCAUUCGAAGAGGUGUUGGUAUACUGCCGUGCAUGCCGAUACCAAUGUCGUUAUUACAAAGUCUAGUUUAUCGAAUCCUCCAUCGGUGUUCAUUUAAAAACACCCAAAACGCCAUGUCCACGCAAUGCAAU